AUGAACUCCCGCCUCCUUGACACUGGUCUUCCCAGGUCUCUGCCUUCCCUCCCACCCUCGCCUGCCCUGCCCUGUGUUCCUUGCGAUGAGGGGCGGCAGCGCGCCGCUCCUCACUCCUCCUCGUUUCCCCCGACGAUUGCUCCCCUGCAGACCCUCCACAUGGACAUGUGGGGCCCAGCCCGCGUCCAGGGACAGGGCCGCGAGCGGUACUUUCUGCUGGUUGUUGACGACUACUCGCGUUACGCCACGGUCUUCCCCUUGCGCAGCAAGGGUGAGGUCCCUGCUGUUUUGAUCCCUUGGAUCCGCGCUGUACGUCUCCAGCUCCGCGAGCGGUUCCAGACGGACCUUCCCAUCCUACGUCUGUACUCUGACAGAGGUGGUGAGUUCUCCUCCGACCUCUUGCGGGACUUUUGUCAGGGGGAGGGCAUCCUCCAGUCGUUCACGCUUCUGGCCUCUCCGCAGCAGAAUGGGGUUGCUGAGUGCCGCAUUGGCUUAGUCAUGGAGGUCGCUCGUACCUCCAUGAUCCAUGCGGCUGCUCCCCAUUUUUUGUGGCCGUUUGCGGUCCGGUACGCUGCGCAUCAGCUCAACCUCUGGCCCCGUGUCUCCUUGCCAGAGACCUCGCCCACACUGCGUUGGAUGGGGGAGGUUGGCGAUGCGUCGCGGUUCCGGGUCUGGGGUUCUCGUGCCUUUGUCCGCGAUACCACCGCGGACAAGCUCUCCUCUCGCGCCAUUCCCUGCGUCUUCCUUGGCUUUCCCCCUGACGCGCCUGGCUGGCAGUUUUACCACCCCACCUCGCGUCGUGUCUUCCCCUCUCAGGACGUCACGUUUGACGAGUCGGUCCCCUUUUACCGUCUCUUCCCCUACCACACUGCCCCCCUUCCCCCCCUGCCGCUCUUCCUCGCUCCAGGUCCUCCUCCGGUAGACCCCCUACCCCCUCAGGGUCCUGCUCCUUCUGGUGUGUCUGAGGUAGACCCACUUCCCUUGGCUGAGCCUGUCGAGGUCACUGGUGACUCAGGUGCUGCUGGGGGUGGUCCUGCUCCGAGUGCUCCGUCUGGGGGUGCUGAGCCUGGGCGUGCUGAGCCUGGGGGUGCUGAGCCUGUGCGUGCGGAGCCUGGGGGUGCUGAGCCUGUCCUGACGCUGGAGGUGCUGGAGCUGGAGGUCCUGACGCUGGAGGUCCUGACGCUGGAGGCACUGGAGCUGGAGGCGCUGCCGCUGGCGGCGCUGGAGCUGGCGCUACUGGAGCUGGAGGUGUUGGCGCUGGAGACGCUAGAGUUGGGGGCUCUAGAGCUGGAGCUUCUGGAGGAGGGGGUGCUGGAGCUGGUGGCACUGGCGCUGGAGGCGCUGAAGCUGGAGGUCCUGACGCUGGAGGUACUGGAGCUGGAGGCACUGGAGCUGGAGGCGCUGCUGUUGGCGACGCUGGAGCUGGUGCUACUGGAGCUGGAGGUGCUGGCGCUGGAGGCGCUGGAGCUGGAGGCCAUGUUCAGCAGCGACCAUUUUUCGUGCCGCCGCCGCAGCUGUCCGACCUUCCGCCCGAGUCGUGUUCGUGCUGCCAGCCCUACUGUCACGCGUCUCCUGGCUACUGUUGUCACUGACCCGUCGUUUGAGUCCACUGCUGCGUCUGCCUUAGUUGCUGAGCUUGUCGACUUUGCUGCUGCGUGUCGUCUAGACUACGCCGCCAGUCUUGUUGCAGAGUCUGAGUCUGUCUGUCCUCCGUCCGUCGGGGGUGAGUGUGUUCUUGGCACGGACGUCCUUGAGGACAGGCAGGAGGACCUUGAGUGUCUUGCGGCUGCUAUACCUCAUCUCAUGGCCUGGCUGCUUGCGCCUGAGGGAGACCCGGAUGCACUAGACAUCCCGACCCCGCGCUCUUACGCAGAGGCGAUCUUGAGUCCCUACUCCUCUCAGUGGUAG